UCCAGGAAAGAAUUUAUUUCAGAAUCAGAAUGAAUCAAGAAGGCGUACUUGCUUGUUGCGCCGUUUGCAACCAGCAAACCCAUCGGAGAUGCGGUCGUUGUCUUAACAUUUAUUAUUGUAACACAGAACAUCAACGGCAAGAUUGGAAGAGGCAUAAGAGUGAAUGUGCUCCGAAGUUACAAAAACAGGAUGAGCGGAACGACAAAGUUGGCGAUCAUUCAUCGCAUAUCGCGGAUAAACUGAAGAUAGAGAACGAAAAAGAGAUCAUUAUAAACGCUCUAGUGAAUAGUGAUGAGAAGGAAGUUAAGCCCCAAAAGGGUAGUGAAGUAAGACGUUUAAAAAAAUCUAAAAACAAAUCAGUCAAGAAGGAGGGUAGUGACAUUGUUAGUGAUAAGAAAACUUCGCAAGUUGCACAGAAUACUGACCAAAGUGACAGUGCGAAUCAAAAUAAAACCAAUUUAAAGGACAAAAGUGUUAUAUCUAGUGUAGUGUACACAAAUAAAGACCUAACUAAAGUAAGUGCUAUAACUCAUGAAGGGUCUUCCGAGCAGGAGAUACUGAGUGAGACUGCCCAACAGUUGAGUGCUGAUUUUGCUGAAGCUAGUACAUCUAAUGUUUUGAAAGCUGUAGACAGAUCUGAGGUGAAAAUGCCCUCAAUACCUAGCGAACAGCCAACAAGGAUGAAAGAGUACCCGGAGGCAUCACUCAAAGGCAGCGCAGCACCUUUCAACAACAUAAUGAAUAGCUACUGCAUGGACCCCAGUGACCCGUGCUAUGGGCUCUGCCAGCGAGUGAUACAAGACAUGACUCAGUAUGGUGUGUGUGUUUUAAACAAUUUUCUCGGUAAAGAGCGAGGACUCUUAGUGUUAAAUGAAGUUUUAGAAAUGCACAGAUCAGGGAUUUUCACAGCAGGUCAACUAGUAUCAAAUCCGGGCAGCACAGAAGCGCAGACGAUACGAAGUGAUCGCAUAACAUGGAUCGAUGGCAAGGAACCUCAUUGUUACCACAUAGGACAGCUUAUUAGUCAAGUAGAUAACAUUAUUUUGAAAGCGAACAAAAUGGUAAACAACGGCAAGAUGGGCAAUUACAUCAUCAAUGGAAGGACGAAGGCCAUGGUGGCAUGUUACCCAGGCUCAGGAAGCCACUACGUGAAGCACGUGGACAAUCCCAACAAGGAUGGUCGAUGUAUCACCGCGAUAUAUUACCUGAAUCUCGACUGGGACGUCAAGCUGUGUGGUGGCUUGCUAAGGGUGUUUCCGGAAGGUACGAACCAAGUAGCAGAUAUAGCGCCCAUCUUUGAUAGAAUGCUGUUUUUCUGGUCAGAUAGGCGAAAUCCACAUGAAGUUCAACCGGCGUAUGCGACGAGGUACGCCAUAACGCUAUGGUAUUUUGACUCCUACGAAAGAGAAGAAGCGCUAAAAAAAUACAAACGCGUGCAACCGUCAUCGAGUAAGUGAUGUUGGAUGCAACGGGGUGGACGUGUCGUCUGCUCUAAGCGAACCCUGCACUUAGUGAAGCCAGACGGUGCGUGAGUGCAAGAAAACCUCUUAUCCCAGUGACUUGUAAAGUUCAGACCCUGGUCAGUAAGCGGAAGAUGCUCCGACGAUGAAUCCAUCAACUAACAGAUUUGUGAAUAUAUGUGUGGACCUUCCUAUAGAAUUGUGAGGUUUCUGCGCGACGAUGCGAAGCUAAGCUGCGGAAAACUUUCCCACCUAUACUUAAACCAAGGGAGCUAAAUUAUACGGGCUAUAAAGACACAUAACCGAUAAAGGUUAAACGAGAUCCGAAUGAAGUGUGAGAUUUUCUAUGUCCAUCUAGUUACAAUACUGGAGAACAGGCUUGUCGAUAGAUUUCGCUCUUUCUAAACCAUACAAAUUGUAGUUAACUUUCACGCGAU